GAGCCCCUUGCACUCCCGUCCGACUUUUCUGAGACAGAACGUGAAGAUCUCGGGCUGCAGGCUCUCGCGAUCUUCGAACGGAGCAUCCGUGUAGGUCAUGCAUACGACCUACUGGAUGCUAUCAAGCAAUCAUUGAACCAUCAAGGCGCUUUCCUCGUCGACAAGCGAAAGCAUGCACGAGGCCAGAAAGACAACACUCGGUCGCAAACCCAAGUGAACGCUGCAGUUGGGCGGACACGAGCGAUGGCUGGGCUGUACAAUUACAACCGCGAUCGCCUCGUCGCUUUGAAGUCGGACGAAUCAGACAUCAUGUCGGCGAUCGACCUAGACAAGGACCUCAAAGGCAAGAAUUGGCGAAGCCCACGACAACUGGGCGACAGUCAUGCCGAGCCGAGCUGGAUAUGGACAGCCGUUCCGCCGUGGAGGACUGAAGCGGAAGCCGAGGCCUGGCAACUGGAAGUAGUGGAUCGCGUGCAGUGGUUUCGGGCGAGAGCAGAGAUGGAACGAGCCAAUGAAGAGGUGAACAAGCUACAUGCUGAGUUCAAGCGGACGAUCCUUGGCUUCAAGAACAUGUCGAACGCAUGGGAGUCCGUCUCUACGAAGGCGACGUUGUCGGAGGGUGCGCGAGUGUAUGCGAGGAAGAAGGCUGACAUGUUCAGCAAGCUUAGUCUCCAAUGUGCUAGCACGUUCGCGAGCACGCGGAAAGAC